AUGCCAAUUCACGUCGUCACAUAUGGCGGUAUCGCAGUACACGGCCUCACCGUCAACGGUGGUGCGCACACCCUCAACAUUAAUGGCAACCGCGUGACCAUCGACGCCAUCGACUCGGAUGAUGUCCUCAUGAACGUCCAGCGCCCUGGCGAGGGACAGGGCAACGUCCACGUGCCCACGCUACCCGACCACGACCGCGGUCGCGGCUGGCGUCGUCUUGGUUGUGCGGCUCCUGGCGUGCUCGCAUACGGCGUCGACAGCGACAAGGUCGUCAUCCUCCCCCGCGGCGGCGUCGACUGGAUGGCGGUGUUGCCGGACGGCCGAGCGCUCGCAGACCUGUGCAUCCCGGGUACACACGAGAGCGCGGCUCUCAGUGGCGGUUUCAUCUCCGAGUGUCAGAGUGUCGACAUCAAGCAGCAGCUUGUCGACGGCGUUCGCUUCUUCGACAUUCGCCUCAAGCUGGUCAACGGCGAGUUGAAGAUCUACCACGGCGUCCAGCCCCAAAACUCGACGCUCCAGCAACAAGUGACCUGGAUCGAGGAGUUCCUGCGCCAGCACCCUCGUGAGACCGUCAUCGCCAGCAUCAAGCAGGAGAAUGCGGACGAGGAGCGCUUCCCUGAGGCCGUCGAGGAGAUGCUCAAGCGCAGUGGCAUGUGGCGCUUCGACGAGCCGUUGCCGACCCAUGGCCAGUGCCGCGGGCGCGCGCAGUUCUUCUCGCGAUUCGGGAAGAAGCACGGCGAGCAGUUCCCCAAUGGCCAGGGUAUCAAGCCGCUGCGAUGGCCGAACUCGGUCCAGAACGGUUUUGUGGAGCAGGUGCAUGGCAUCGACUUCCGAGUACAAGAUUGGUACGACACUGACAACAUCCCGGACAAGGCCGCUGCGUGCAUCGCUCACCUCGAGCCGACCCUAUCUCCACGCGGUCUCGGCAGCGACUCAAACCACCCAUACUCGCUAACGUUCCUGUCGGCGGGCAGGCUCAACAGCCCGCCGGCAUACAUGGCGAGCGGAACGGGUGCGGGAGCCGUCUCGAAGACGAUUGCAGUGACCACGUCCCUCUUUGCGGCGAACAAGCGUGCCGGUGACGAGGGAGGCGUGAACGCUCGUGUUGGCGCCUGGCUCCUUCAAAACGCGUUCCAAGGCCGCCGUCCACGCGCGACCCUCAUGCUCGACUUCUACCGCGAUACCGGUGGCCCCGAGGGCGGAAUGGCCGAGCUCAUUGCAAGCCUCAAUUACAUCAACCUCAACGAGUAG